ACAUUUUAGGGGAGGGUGAUGGAAGCUCCAUCUGUCGUCAAUUUAGAAUUAAGGACAGAAAUCCCAUCAAUUGCUCGCCCUUCUUGUCCAUUUAUCUCUCGAGUAAUUCAGCUAGGUGCUGUGAUCCACCAUAGAACCCUACCGGCAGUCUCCAAUUAGAUCGAAGCGGAAUUCAGCUGCGGUGUCUUGUUCGGCUGUCUCAAACCCCAUCGAGAUCUGCGUCAAAGCCUCUCGUCACUAGCCCUAACAAGCUCUGCCGCUGUAGUAUUGGUUGCACUAAUCAUUUGUGGUCAAUUUUUGCACUUGGGCUCAUCAUCUCAUGAAGUUCAAGUUACCAAGCAGUCAUUUGGAAAGUCAUCAAUCUUUCACUCAAGUGGACUGCCAAGAGCUGAAGGGGUCUUCACUUGAUGGCAAAACCAAAACAAAGGCAGUUGUUGGCAGUAUCUAUAAAUAGGAAGAAUACUGCAAGUAUCUCUCCUGCUGAACCGUCUCCAGAAGAUGAUUGGGUAAUAGUUAAGAAACAAAUGGUCAGAAUCCUCAUCCCUCCUCUACCUGAAAACAACUUGUCCACAAUUCCAAACUCAGGACCAGGCCAAUUACAAUCAGGAUCCAGAACAGCAACCAGUCCAUUAUCUCAAAGUCCAACCAGGACUUGUCUGCAGAUGCAGUCCGUGAAUGAAGGCGAGACAUCCAUGUUAUUGGCUCCAAAAAUUGGUAACCCUACUGCUAGAAGAAGUCUGCGACCAAAUGCGAAGCUAGCAAGGUUUGACAACAGAAUAGCACCAGAAAACUACCCACAUCAAGCUGACAAUUUUAGAUGCCACGAUGCAGUUGGGGUCCGUGGCAGCUCAAGGAUUAGCAAGCGACCGAUAAGCUUCCUUGAUGCUGGUCUAUUGCUUAGUCAAAGAAUGAGAGUAAUAAAUCUCGAGAGGAAGCUUCAGAGAGCCGGUGGGUUGAGCAGUUGGCUGUCCUCACUGGGACUCGAUCACUUUGUAGCAAUUUUCGAAGGGAAAAGUGUGAAUAAGUUCCAGUUGGUUAAUUUGACAAUGAAGAAACUCAAGGAUAUGGGUGCAAAUGCUGUAGGGCCCCGGAGAAAGCUGAUGCAUGCGAUUGACUGCCUUUGCCAGCCUUCUUGUUUUAAGGUAAAAACAGUCUUGGAGGCUUGUCACAUGUAGAUAGAUAGGCUACUACUCCUUGUUGAUCUUGCAAACUAUGCUUUACCAAUGGUAGAAGUAGAGAGAGAGAGAGAGAGAGAGAGAGUGCUGAAUGCCUGUAAUGUUUUGAUAGGACAUGGGUGGGUAAUUCUGUAAUUAGGGCAUCCAAUCAGGACCCAGUUCAUGGUGGGCAAGUGCCCGUUUGGCAUUGUCGUGAAAUUACAAGUCACUUUGGCAUUUUAUCA